CGGUUGCCCUGCCUAGUCUUUAAACAGAAAAAGAGGCGCGCGUGUAACGGUAAAGGGGAAUCCAUUAGAAAAUAAGCCAAUCAUUUUUUUUAUUGUCUUAAGUUUGACUGUCCAAAUUAUCUUAAGAUUUUAAUCCAGGCAGAUGAUAGAAUCAGGAUAUCAUCGGUUGGUUUACCUGACCUGCACUGUGCUUGUGCUUAUCUCUCCGGUUCAUAUGGCCCCGGUGCCGGACCAGUACUCACGGGGUGUGGAUUGGCUGAGCCGGUAUGGAUAUCUGCCUCCUCCAGACCCACGCACUGGGCAGUUGCAGACCAAAGAUGGCAUUGAGAGGGCUGUCAAAGAAAUGCAGCGAUUUGCUGGCCUCAAAGACACUGGCAAACUUGACAAGGACACCCUUAAAUUGAUGGCUACACCUCGAUGUUCAUUGCCAGACAUUAUAGGGAUGGAGGACAUGAAAAAGCGCAGGAGGAAAAGAAGAUAUGCCACCACUGGACUCCACUGGAAAAAGUCUGAUCUGUCUUGGAGCAUCCAGAAUUACCCAUCUCUCCCUCCACAACUCCAACCUACUGAUGUGAAGACUAUUAUGGCCUAUGCUCUUAAUGUUUGGAGUGAUGUCACCAACCUCAAGUUUCAUGAAAUAUCCUCAAGUGAGCCAAAAAGAGCUGAAAUCAUGAUCUCUUUUGCUCACUCAAUUCAUGAUGACGGAUAUCCAUUCGAUGGGAAGGGAGGGACACUUGCUCAUGCCUUCUUCCCAGGGGAGUCUGAUGUUGCUGGGGAUACACAUUUUGAUGAUGAGGAGAGCUGGACCUACACAGAUGACAGAGGCACUGAUUUAUUCUCGGUGGCUGUGCAUGAAUUUGGCCAUGCUCUGGGUCUCUCUCAUUCCUCCACUAACCCUUCCAUCAUGCGGCCAUACUACCAGGGUGCUGUUGGAGAUAUUGCAACCUACUCUCUUCCAGAGGAUGAUCGCUAUGCCAUUCAGUCGAUCUACGGAAAGAAGAGAAGCACACCAACACCAUUGUACCCAAAACACCCUACGUCACACCUGCCCAAACCACCAAACAUACCUCACCCCAGAGUAACAUUAAAACCUGAUCCCUCAGUCCAGGAUCGUUGUGAGGGAGGUUUUGAUGCGGUGGCAAACAUCAGAGGAGAUGUUUUCUUUUUUAAAGGUCCAUACUUCUGGCGAAUCCAGCGGUCUGGUUCUCUUGUGUCCUUUAAUCCUGCUCUCAUAAAAAACUUCUGGAUUGGUCUUCCUGAUGGCACUGACAAGAUAGAUGCAGUUUAUGAAAGAAGGACUGACAGUAGAAUCAUCUUCUUCAUAGGCUCACAGUACUGGGUAUUUAAAGACACAGUGGCACUUCCUGGCUACCCACGUCCAUUGUCUGACUGGGGGAUGAUCUCUCAUGAUGGAAGGGAGGUAAAGAGGGUGGAGGCAGCAUUUAUUUGGGCUCAUAAUGGAAAAACCUACCUCUUCAGCGGUGGACUGUUUUGGAGGUUCACUGAGAGUCAGGAGACAGAGAAGCGACGCCCAGAUAAAGAUUACCCUCGAAACUCCUCUCUCUGGAAGGGUGUGCCCACUAACCCUGAUGACAUCAUAACCUGGGAACAGGGAGAUGCCUAUUUCUUCAAGAACAACUCAUAUUGGGUGCUGAAGAGCGGAGGAUUGGACCAAGACAGUGUCAGUCACAAGUCAACCGCGGUUGAUUGGAUGAUGUGUCCAGAACCGUCUCCAACCAAACUUCCAGGCAAUCAACGUCCAAGAGGAGGGGACUGUAGCUGUGGCAUCAAUAGAGCCUUACAGCAGAGUGCUUCAUCUGGGUUACUGUCAAUCACAUUAUUGCUUUAUCCAGCUGUCUUAAUGUGCUUGCAAUGAGCCUAAUUUAAUAUGGACUGUGUCAAGUCUUUUAAAAUUGUAUAGCACUUCACAACACACAUUGUUUCAAUGCAGCUUUAAAGAAAAGUAUGCUGUAAUGUCUGUAAUGUCUUUAAGUCAUCAUUGAGCUGUUUCAUUGAAAUUCUGAUUUUGAAAAUCAUGCCUUAAAAUUUUUUGUCUUGAUGGAAAGAAAAGAAAAAAACUUUGUGAGAAACCAGCUAGCUGAGGGGCUCAGACUGUGUCUCAAAGCACUUAAAGUUAUAGACAAAUAAAGUGAAAAUUGUAAUGUCCAAAUAUUAUUUAAAGAGUAGCUUUACAUAGUUAAAGACACUUGUGAAUAUAUGUUUUGAUCAAUGCAAGUGUGAAGUAGGCCUAUACAUUUACUAAAAAUGAAACGUUUUAUUUUUAUUUUAUUUUUUGUAAUUUCAUUUUAGGCUAAAAUCUAAGGCUGAAAUUAAAUAAAUUUCACUGUAUGAUUUUUGUUCUUUAGCUUAUACUGUCACCUGAUGGCAAUGUUCAAAGUUAUGCAGUGACAAAAAUGUCAUUGUAAUCCAUUUGGCUUUGUACCUAUAUUGCAUCUGUGACUAAAGGGUAAAAAUAUACAUACAUACAGAAUGUUAACUAUUCUAGGCUAAUCUUAAGAAUGUGAGAGUGUGUUCCACAGUAUGUAGUUACAUGAUAUCAAGCUGCAAAGGUAAACAUUGUCCACUGGGGGACAUUAACACAUAGUAAAAAAUAGAGGAGUUUUACAUCCUCAGUGAUAUUAUACAGGGUCAUUGCUUAAAUUCACAGGGCAACAAAAAUAAUUUGCUCCUCUUUUGCAUGUGGUACUUCUGCACAAAACCCUACUUAUUCACUAACCAUUUGCAUUCCAGUUUAACCAGAUGGUAAAUGUGCUGAAAUUGAGAUUUUAGGUCUUAAGUUUAUGU